AAAUACCACAUGUGGUUAAUGUUGAAUGUGGCAACAAGGCCCUGUUGACAAUGCGGGGACGGCCUCCUUUGUGCUUGAGGUGCAUGCAGCUCGGGCACGUGGGGAGGGACUGUCCCGGCAAGGUCAUCAGGCCGACAGUCUCUCUUUCAGUUGGAAAACAGGCCUCGGAGGUGGCGAAGCCUGUUGAGGAUACAGGUUCUGUAUCGACGUGGACGGAUGUGGUCCGGAAUGGGAAGAAGGCGAAGAAGGCCCCCGAGACGCAGGACGCGGCCCCUGCUACUUCUCCUCCCGGUGACCAGACGCCGUCUCCAGUCACUUCAGAAAUGCCAGUGGUUGAGACCAAGGAAAUGGAAGAUGGCAGCUGCGGGGCCGUUAGUGGCUGUUACUCGGGUUGUCAUCCUGGAUCAGAGAGGGAACGUGACAGUGUUAAUUUUGUGUGAAGAAGUUUUUGUGAAUUGUAUAUUGUAAAUUGUAUUAUUGCAUCAUCUCUUAUAUCAUCAGUAUUCCUAUGAAUCAUUUCAAUCAUUGUUUCAUAUAUUAUGUAACCCAGUGUUGGGCUCAUCUCAUUUCACUCAUUGAACUUCAUUAUCACUCAUUUUUCAUCACUAUGUAUUUCGACAUACCAUUAACACAUUUUCAUCCAUGUAGGUCAUAGGAUACUUGACUAACCUUUCCUUAAGUAAAGAGGCUUUUUCCAAUUGAUUCGUUAAUAUACAUUUAUUGUUACAUAAUUAUUUCCGGCUUGGCCGGAUGGUGGGGCUGGGGCGGGUGAGGUGUGGUACUGAAGGCUCUCACGUGCUUCAGCUCCAUCAUCUGGUUUCAGCUGUAGACUUCUUGACAUGUUCCUGGCGGACCAUCACUGGGGGUGCUCGGGCAUGACCUGGGGUGGUUCGCUGGGAGCACCUUUUUUCUUUUUGUUUGAAGUGUGAUUUGUUAGCAUUUAUAUUAAAUAAAACAACCUCCUUAUCAUUGUACUAAUUAAGAUCCGCUACAUUUAGGUCGGUGACUUUUUAUUUGUUAAAACCGUUUCACUAUUUCUCUAAUUCUAUAUAAUAUCUAUUUCAUUAUCUACGUGCAGACGUGAAAAGACUGUUACAAAUUAUAUAUUGAUACAUAAAACGUGCAGACGGUAAAAAGACUGUGUGUAUCAAUUAAUUAUUAAAUAAUUAGUUUUCUUCUUUCCUUACUAUUGAUAAAUAUUAUUUAAAGUCACCUUAUAUAAAUUCAUUUAAUUUCUUUAAAGCGGAUACUUGGGGCGUUUUACACCCCAAUUAUGUGAUAAAUAAAUUUUAU